CCACCCAGCCAUCACCAACAUGGGCAAGGAGACGGAGGAGAAGAAGACGACGAGCGGGCUGGACAUGGCCAAGCCCAUGACGCUGCCGUGCGGGCUCACCAUCCCCAACCGCCUCACCAAGGCCGCCAUGGCCGAGGCGUGGGCCGACCGCGACCGGCUGCCGAGCGAGCGGAUGCUCGACGCGUACGGCGUGUGGGCGGACGGCGGCUGGGGCAUGGUGCUCACCGGCAACGUCCAGGUCGACGUCGCGUACCUGGGCACGCCCGACGACACGGCCCUCAACCACCUCAUCCCGCGGGAGCAGCUGCUCGAUGCCUGGCGUCGAUGGGCCCAGACGGCGGGCGGCGACAACGGCAACGGCAACGGCAACGACGAGGUCGAGACGGCGACCACCACCACCACCACCACCACCGCCACCACCACCAUCACCAUCAUGCAAAUCAACCAUCCCGGGCGGCAGUCCAUCAUCGGCGCCGGCACCCGCAGCCUCUGCGCCAAGAGCAUCGCCCCGAGCGCCGUCCCCCUGCUGCUCGGCCAGGGCAUCGUCCCGCGCGCCAUCAGCGCCCUCGUCUUCGGCACCCCGCGCGCCAUGUCCGUCGACGAGAUCCGCCACGUCGUCGCCCGCUUCGCCGACUCGGCCCGCCUGGCCGCCGAGGCCGGCUUCUCCGGCGUCCAGAUCCACGGCGCCCACGGCUACCUCGUCGCCCAGUUCCUCAGCGCCAGGAGCAACCUGCGCACCGACCAGUACGGCGGCUCGCCCCGUCGCCGCGCCCGCUUCCUCGUCGAGAUCAUCGAGGCCGUCCGCGAGGCGGUGCCCAAAACGGGCUUCGCCGUGGGCCUCAAGUUCAACAGCGUCGACCACCAGAGCCCCCGGGAGCUCGACGAGUGCAUCGAGCAGCUCGAGGACAUUACCGCCGCGGGCAUCGACUUUCUGGAGAUCAGCGGCGGCACCUACGAGGACCCGACGAUGAUGGCCAACGCCCCGCCCAAGGCGGCCAGCACCGUCGCGCGCGAGGCCUUCUUCCUCGACUUCGCAAAGGCCAUACGCCAGAGGUUCAGGAACGUGCCGCUCAUGGUGACGGGCGGCUUCCGGUCCCGCCAGGGCAUGGAGGCGGCGCUGCGCGACGACGCAUGCGACAUGAUCGGCCUUGGGCGCCCCGCGGUGCUCAACCCCCAUCUCCCCGUGAACACGCUCUUGAACCCUGAAGUCGCCGACGCCGACGCCAACGUCUACGCGCGCACCGUCCCUGGCAGUUGGUUGCUCAAGCAGCUCGGAAUCAAGGGCAUCGCGGGGGGCGCAGAGACGGCGUGGUAUCAAAGACAGAUUCACAACAUGCUGAGUGGCAUUUUAUAGCUAUGGUAAGAGGCGCGGGCGUUGGUGGAGUGACUGACUCCUCAGUGGUAUUCCAUAAACGACGGGGAUAUGUUGGUAGACGCGUAUUUGUACACGAAGAAGAGAGGUUCAAGGUAGAUGAC